AAACAUCACAUAAAUGGUGUGCAUGAUCGAUGUGAGUGUAGUGCCGUCCUGUAAAUGAAUAAAAUUAUCCAUUCGCAUGAAAUUAAAAAAGGAUACUUCACUAGUGUUAAUAACUCCAUGCUUUAAUUUACAUAUAUAAUGAGAUUUAUUUACAUUCUACUUGUUAUUUGUUAUGUUUCGUGUUAUUAUGAUGAAGAAGCCGAAAAGGAUGAGAGGAAAAACAAAUUAUUAGAACAACUGUCUAAUACAAGACCUGUUCUUCGUGAUGGAUACCGAAUUGCUACGAGGCAUGUCGGUAUAGAUGUGUACAUGUAUCGAAGCUAUAGGACUGUAUCGGUAGUGUUUUAUCAAGUAAGCAGUGAUAUCAACGAUGCUCAAUUCACAUUUCAGUCAGAGGAACUACAUCUUAAUAACAUAGGCUCCUGCAGCCCUCAGGAGGUGAUCAUCCAGAUCAAGUAUGGAUCGUAUCCAGCAGUUAAUCCAGAUGGUUAUCAGUUCCCAAAGAACUUCGUGAAUCCAGCUAACAGGGAGAGCAUCCAGACCUUGGAGAUGAUGUCCGAUGGCAGCAAUAUCACCUAUUCCAUCAGCAAUCCAAGGUCUGGUAUUUAUUAUGCCAUGGCGUACGUCAAGUGGGAAGAUCCCAGAAAUCAAAAAGUUGAACAAGAAGGUUUGGUGGCAAAUUGCCGUACCAUUUUAUACACGGAUCUCCAAGUGAAGACUGAACAAACGUCCUAUGUGAAUUGUUAUGAAAAUUUAACGAUAGAUUAUUCACAGCUUCCGUUACUAUUCAAAUGUCGCGCACUCGAUAGUUUGGAUACGAUGAAAUUAAAUUUGCACAUCACUCGAGCUGAAUUCAAAUACAGCAAUCUGACUGUGAAAAUUCGUCCUGAUGCAAUACCAACUGAGAGUGAUUUUAUAUUACACUGCGCUUUCCCCGCGUCCGCCGCCGACCAGAUCAUUAAUUUCCUACCACAGCCAUCAACUACCCAUUAUAUUUACAUAGACGUCGUUGAUGGCAACACUACUUAUAUCCGCGAUUGUGAGUCGUACGCGUCGAAUGACGAAGAAGCCAUGACUAUAGUUGAUCUCAUGAGAGAUGACAAGGAUAAAUUCUUUGGCUUCGAUUACGGCCUGCCCACAACCGAUUUAACUGACGUCACGAGUCUGGUCAUAACGUCAAAUGAAAUAAAAGCUCUGAGAUUCAAGGUCAAUCAAUUCCUAGACAUAGGUGGAAGUCUUACAAUAGAGGCAAGUCUGUUGAUGAGCAUAAAGUAUUACAUGGGUUACAAGAGAGAGAUAAAGGAUGCAAUGAUGGCAUUCACAGAGGAUAACCAGUUCUUCAAAGUGGUGAUUUGCUUAGAGCUCAACCAGGCUGGUGUGCCGCUUGAAUCUGGUAAAUGUAAAUACAAUGACGUAAUCAAACCGGCGUUACGUCUGAACAGCACGGAUUCGGAUUCCAUUUACGACAAAAUUAUAAUACCAUUCCCAGAAGGUGGUUUGUGGUACAUGACGUUGAAGCUGUUCUGCGAUAGCGUGGUUUGUCCCUGUCGCACUUCAGACAACGCUACAAAGUAUUAUGUGAACACGACAGAGAUAGGACAUAAGGAGACUUCUAUGGAUAGCUUCUCGGAUAUUCUAAGGCAAGGCGUCACUGAAUGCAAUACAACUGUAGUUCUAUCGGUGUCGUCGAAGUCAUGUGUCGGUGGUAAAUGCAGCAACAAUGGGAACUGUGGUUACAAUACGUUCAGCGGUAUAGUUAUGUCGUUUUGCGGCUGUACUUCCGGUUAUGGUGGUUGGGACUGUUCAGAUGAUUCCAGAAUAGACAGCCAGGCUUAUUUACUUCUCUCCGUACUGCUUCUGACUUUAAGUAAUUUGCUGUUCAUCUUAUCGAUAUAUGUCGCGUUUAUCCGACUCUAUAUACUUGAAGGAGUCAUGUAUGGACUCACUAUGGUAUUUUCAACAUUCUACCACGCGUGUGAUGCGCCAGCUCAGGUCGCAUAUUGUAUCAUACGCGGUAAUCUCCUUCAAUUUGGUGAUUUCUACUGUGGACUCAUGUCUUUUUGGGUAACACUGCUAGCUAUGAGUAUCAUAGGGACUAGGUUUAGGGCGUUUUUCCAAGUCAUCGGUGCUAUAUUAAUCGCGUUGCUAACAACUUGGAAUAUGCAUUCAUUUGUUGCUUUUCUCUUGCCAGUCGCGAUUGGUGCUCUUAUAUUAUUUGUUAGUUGGUAUAUUGAUUACAAGAAAAGUCAUUUCAUGAGAUAUCCUACCUCAUAUUACACUAGAUACAUGCCUCUUGGUCUCAUUUUAGUUUCGGUUGGCCUUAUUUGCUACGCUUUCCUGCAGACGGAACAAAAUUAUAAAAUUGUUCACUCUUUAUGGCAUAUGAUAAUUGCCCUGAGCGUUGUAUUUUUAUUGCCAGAUUCAAAACGUCGUAAUUGCCAUCCGUUUGUUGCCAGUAGAGAAUAUUUUAAAUGGCCAUUUUGUUCUUAUCACAGAUCACAGAGUCCGUAAUAUAAUUUGUUAAACUCAAAUCAUGUACCUAUGAUGGUAACGUCUAGUUAGUAAGCGACAAGUGACUUGAAAGACAUUCCUGUUGAUGAACAAAUUACAUUUUUUUAUAGUAAGCUGCAUACCAAAAAUUAUGUUAAAGUUAUUUUUUAUUUUUAAUACUCAUAGGUAAACAAUGGUCAUAUAAAGUUAAUUUUCAAGUAAACAACUAUUUUAACAUAAUAGAAAUGACAAAUAUUUCUUAUAAGAAAAUUCUCAAAAAAAUUUUAUCGUUUGGUAUACCAACGAAAAGGAGUAAAGAGAUCCAUUUUAUAUACAUUUACUUGAAUGCUAGUCAAGUUCUCGUUACGCUAUCCAUCUAUAGUUUAUUCCACCUUAGCGAUUAUCUAUAUUUAACACGUACAUCUUUAACUCUAUGGUGCAUUUAAAAAUAUUGCAUACUGCCUUACUUUAUUAUUAUAAAAUAGAUAAUUCAUAUUAAGCUUUCCUAAUAAUCUUAGUUAAUUUAAUUACAAAAAUUUAUAUAAUUUUCAAUUAUUUAUUGUGCUGAAUAAUGUUUUCUGUCAUACUGAUAUUCACUGAAUGACAGUUAUUGACAAUCGAUGUCAUAAAUUGAACCUAUCAUCUCUAAUUCUCUAAUAUAGAUAAACCUCGUAUAAAACAGUUAUCUACUAUAAAUAAUACUCAUAUUUACAAAAUAUACAUUGCAUAUACAAAUUUUAAAAUCAUUGUAGUAAAACCGUUAUUAAUACUGCUAGUCUUUUUCACGAAUUUAUUAAAUGUUUUGAAUAUUUUUUAGUUUAACCUCCUUGUUGUUGCGAUACGAUAAAUAAUAAUUCAAUUUACUACCAGCUAUUAAAACAACAAUAAGCCAUUAUCAAAUGUAAAAUUAUUAACGUUCGAGUAUUUACCUUAGUUGGAAACGGUCUUAGUUGCUAAUGCAUAUUUUGGUACUCAGUUUUGGCGAAGCGAUAGGUUGGCGCCGUUUUUGAAGUGUCUAUGAAAAGCAUUAGGGAUAUAUUAGUUUGAAAUUGGUAAGACUUUUCAAGUUUUUAAGACAAAAUUAUAUAGUUAUCAAAAAUGGUUUUCAAUUAUAAAAGUAUUUUACCAAUCAUGUUGAUUUAAACAUAUAUUUAUUUAGUUUCGGGUUGCUAUCUACUAAAAUAAAAAUCGUUAAGUUUUGUCAAAGUCAACUAAAACCAGGGUUCAUUAUAAACAUGAUCACUUUUCAACCUAAGUUGUUUAUCAAGUGAUAGAAGUGUAAUAUUUAGGAAAUUCACGAGUUUUAUUUAUCAAACUAACAAUAUUAGAUCUUCUGGUGCCUUGUAAGUUAAGACAUAGGUUAUAAAAAUUAUCAUUAAUCAAAUCAUAAAAUAUAAUAAUGAAAUAAAUUUAAAUUGUUCUCCAAUAUGUUUCUAAUUUACACAAAAUACAAGUGAUUGUGAUAAAUGACUGUUUUUUUUACAUUGAAACUAUGAUGAGGUGCAAACAUAAAUUAAAGUUUAAAUAACAUAUAAUUUCAGUUAUGAACACAUUACUGUUUAGAUAGUAAGUUGUAUGUCAAAUAGUUUUACUAGAGUAUUAAUCAUAUAUUGUGUUGUAAAUCAUUUUACAUAUAAAAGUUGGCGAGAAACAAAUAAAGAUUAUAUUUACAAUACCAUUAAGGUAAAAUCGAUAUAAAUCAAAGGUGAUUAACAAAUACAUUAAAAACUUUUAAAUAGGUAUAAAAGAGCUAAUCUGAGGAAUCAGAAUAGUUUUUUAUACAAAAUAUUUGACAGAUAUGAUAUGUCUUGGUAUAGAUUCCGGCACUUAACUUGGCAAGCAACGAAAGAUGUGAAGAAUCCGAUUUUUGUGUGUCAUAGAUAUGAUGCGGGACGAGACGGCACAAUUCCGUGCGCGUCCCAAAUACACGUGCGAGCACUUAAAUUGAACCCAUUUCUUUUUUUUGUUAUUGAUAAGCAUUACAAGUGACCACUUUUUGUUGCACUAAAUGUACACGCAAAUAUUAUCCCCACUACGCCAAAACCUUGCUAAGAUAGGUGCUGGCAAUAAUAAUAAUAGUAUAUAAAUUGUAUUAAGAGAUGAAUCAAAUUUCUGAUCAGUGAUACUAGCUUUCUCUGGAUGAUUGACAGGAAAUUGGCGCAUCCAAAUAAUUUUAAGAAACAAAUGACAAAUAGUUAACCUGAAGCUGAUGAAAAAUGAAUUAUUUAGUGCCAUUCAUAAAGUUACCAUUAAGAUUGUUAUAGAAUGUAAUGUCGGGACCAAUGGUUCAAUUAGUAACUAAAAGUACACUUGAGAUAUAUUAUUUGACAUUAAUAUUUUAUCUGUGCCCUAUGAUGAGUCAAACUGAACAGUAAACAGAUAGUUUAGAAUUUUUGUUUUUUUAAAUAUUAUCACAUAUAGUCAGUCGUGGUGGCCUGGAGGUUAAAGGCCUGCCUCUCAUAAGUGAGGGCGCGGGUUCGAAACCUGGUAAGUACCAAUGUGAUCUUUUCUGAGUCAUAUGUACUUUCUAAGAUAUUUAGAGACCACUAAUGGACGGUGAAGGAAAACAUCGUGAGGAAACCUGGUCUUAUAAUUUCAAAUUAUAGGAUUGAAAUUGUCAACCCGUCUUGAGCAAGCAUGGUGAUUAAUUGAAAAUAUUCACUGAAAAUUCUGUUUAGUUUGAUUAUGUGAGCAUAUGGUGAAGUAAUUGUUUCAGUGUAUUUAUAUUAAUAACGCAAAUAAUGUAUUUUGAUAAAGCUUUAGUCUAAAUUAUAGGAUAUUAGUGUUGCCAUAUAUUCUUAUGUAUCUGUUGGUUAUAUCAAAUAUAUUAAAAAAAAAUAUCUUUAUAUAAAACCAUUGCUUCUUUGCUGUCAUCAUCUUUUUUUGUAAUAUUUAUUUUUUGAUUAAUUCUUUAGUAAUUGAUCAAAAAUUAUUUCUGUUAAUUAUUAAUAUAUAAAGAAUAUGUUUGUUAUAAGGACCACAUGUAAACAUCAAUUUAAGUGUGAUUUUGCACGCACAAUUUUUUUUAUAUGAUAAAAAAUAUUUAAAUGUAAUAAUAAUAAACAAUUACAAUUAAAUUCA